GAGGCGCAGCCUAUAAAAGGUUCCGGGAGGUGAGCCCAGCUUCACUUGUUUGUGCAUCUUCACCUGAGCGCACGGACUGGAAACUAACCCCGAGGCGACAUGGCUCUGAGCACGCUGCUGGCCUCUGUCCUGUGCACCAUAGUGCUGCCCGUCCUGCUUUUCCUGGUGGCGGUCAAGUUGUGGGAGGUUUACAUGAUCCGCGGCGGGGACCCGAGCUGCCCGAGCCCGCUGCCACCCGGAUCCAUGGGCUUGCCUUUCAUCGGAGAGACGCUGCAGCUCAUCCUGCAGAGGAGAAGGUUUCUACGGAUGAAGCGGGAGAAGUACGGCUACAUUUACCGCACACACCUCUUCGGGAACCCCACAGUGCGUGUGUCCGGUGCGGAGAACAUCAGGCAAAUCCUGCUGGGGGAGCAUAAGCUUGUGUCGGCACAGUGGCCCUCCUCUGUGCGCACCAUCCUCGGUUCAGACACACUGUCCAACAUGCACGGCUCCCAGCACAAGUCCAAGAAGAAAGCCAUUAUGAGAGCCUUCUCCAGGGAGGCGCUGGAGCUUUACAUCCCUGUGAUCCAGGAGGAAGUGCAGGCUGCAGUGAAAAGGUGGUUGGUGCAGGAUCCAUGUGUGCUGGUGUAUCCUGAAAUGAAGCGGCUGAUGUUCCGCAUCGCCAUGAGGAUUCUGCUGGGUUUUGAGCCGGAACAGAUCAGGACUGAUGAGCAGCAGCUGGUGGAAGCAUUUGAGGAAAUGAUCAAAAAUCUGUUCUCCCUGCCAAUCGAUGUUCCUUUCAGCGGGUUGUACAGGGGUCUAAGGGCCAGAAACUUCAUCCAUUCAAAGAUUGAAGAGAACAUUAAAAAGAAGGUGGAAGAGUCUGACAAGGGGUUAAAACACAGAGAUGCCCUGCAGCAGCUCAUAGACAGCAGCAAGAAAAAUGGAGAACCAUUCAGUAUGCAGGCCAUCAAGGAAUCUGCUACGGAGCUUUUGUUUGGAGGCCAUGAAACCACAGCCAGCACAGCCACGUCCUUGAUCAUGUUUCUUGGCCUAAACCCAGAAAUUGUGCAUAAACUGAGACAGGAAUUGUGGGACAAGGGAGAGAAUGGGAUGGACUACCAGAAUCUGAACAUUGAGUCUUUGGAGCAGCUUAAAUACACAGGUUGUGUCAUCAAAGAAACUCUAAGGAUCAAUCCCCCUGUUCCCGGAGGCUUCAGAGUGGCCCUCAAAACAUUCCAGCUCAAUGGUUACCAGAUUCCUAAAGGCUGGAACGUUAUCUACAGCAUCUGUGACACCCAUGAUGUUGCUGAGAUUUUCCCAAACAAAGACAACUUUCAGCCAGAGCGCUUCAUGACAAAACCCUCUGCAGACUCCUCCAGGUUUCAGUACAUACCCUUUGGUGGUGGUUCUCGAAUGUGUGUUGGAAAGGAAUUUGCAAAGGUUCUAUUGAAGAUCUUCUUGGUAGAAGUGGUAACUAAAUGCCACUGGACUCUCUUAAAUGGACCACCAACCAUGAAAACCGGCCCUACAGUCUAUCCGUUGGACAACUUGCCAACCAAAUUUACCUGCUACGUGAACAAUUAAGCAACAUUAGGAAACAUUUUGAAGAUUCUUUUUUUUUUUUGUCCUGCAAACUAAACAAAGCACUGUAUAAGGUCCCAUGAACAUUUUGAUUAUCUCAGUGGUUUAUCUGUAUUUGUUUUGUACAUAUGUAAUGUAGUAUGUUUAUAUAAAUUUUGUGUCUUUACGCAAGGUAUUUAUGUAAAUUGUCUUGUUUUAAAUGGAUUUUUAUUUAAUAAAUCUUUUCCACAGAAAGUGUUGCUACAUUUGAGUCUAAA